AUGCCAACCUCCCUCGGUGCGUACGCGGAAAUCUCGCUUCCCCUUCCCCUUCCUCUUCCUCUCCCUGCCUUCCUCUCCUCUUGCUUCCUGCCAUCAUCCCCUCUCCCGUCCUGCCUUCAUCUCCUCUCCCGUGCUGCCUUCAUCUCCUCUCCCGUGCUGCCAUCAUCUCCUCUCCCGUGCUGCCAUCAUCUCCUCUCCCGUGCUGCCAUCAUCUCCUCUCCCGUGCUGCCUUCAUCUCCUCUCCCGUGCUGCCUUCAUCUCCUCUCCCGUGCUGCCAUCAUCUCCUCUCCCGUGCUGCCAUCAUCUCCUCUCCUUCCCGUGCUGCCAUCAUCUCCUCUCCCGUGCUGCCAUCAUCUCCUCUCCCGUGCUGCCAUCAUCUCCUCUCCCGUGCUGCCAUCAUCUCCUCUCCCGUGCUGCCAUCAUCUCCUCUCCCGUGCUGCCAUCAUCUCCUCUCCCGUGCUGCCAUCAUCUCCUCUCCCGUGCUGCCAUCAUCUCCUCUCCCGUGCUGCCAUCAUCUCCUCUCCCGUGCUGCCAUCAUCUCCUCUCCCGUGCUGCCAUCAUCUCCUCUCCCGUGCUGCCAUCAUCUCCUCUCCCGUGCUGCCAUCAUCUCCUCUCCCGUGCUGCCAUCAUCUCCUCUCCCGUGCUGCCAUCAUCUCCUCUCCCGUGCUGCCAUCAUCUCCUCUCCCGUGCUGCCAUCAUCUCCUCUCCCGUGCUGCCAUCAUCUCCUCUCCCGUGCUGCCAUCACCUCCUCUUCCGGCCUGCAUUCAUCUCCUCUCCCUUCCUGCCUCCCUCUCCCCCCUCUUUCUGUCCUCCCUUCUCCCCUCUAUUUCUGUCCUCUCUCUUCUCCCGUGCGGCCCUCCCUCCUCUCCUCUCACAUCCUGCCCUCCCCUCUGCCCUGCCAUCCUCUCCAAUCCAGCCCACGGAUAA